AUGUCCUGUUGCAUCACGAGCAUCUCCAAGCCUCCAGCUCUCCUUCUUUCUACAGCGACAGAGAACAGAACAAGACCGACCAUGAGCCACUCUUCAAUGCAUAGCUCAACUUCCUACAGGCGCACCUUUGGAAGCCCACACCCCAUCUCCAUGUCCUCUUACUCCCCUGUGUCCUCCCGUAUGCCCGCUAAUGGCGGCCGCUAUAUGCGCUCAAUGUCACCUGCGGUUGCAUCCCGCUCCACCACCUACCACCAACAGCGUUCUCGCCCCGUUGCCCAGCCUCCUCGCCUCUCCUACGACAAGGUGGACUUCACCCUGUCUGAAGCCAUCAACCAGGAGUUCCUGACCACCCGCAACAACGAGAAGGCCGAGCUGCAGGAUCUCAAUGACCGCUUUGCCAGCUUCAUCGAGAAGGUGCGUUACCUGGAGCAGCAGAAUGGUGCACUGCAGCAUGAGCUGAACCAGUUCAAGGGCCAGCAGCAGCAUGGGCAGCCCAACCGCGCUUCCGACCUCUUCCAGGAUGAGCUGAGGGACCUGCGCCGUCAACUGGAUGCCACCGGUAAGGAAAGGGACCAGUACCAAAUGGAGAGGGACAACCUGGCUGAAGACCUGGUCCUUCUGAAGCAGAGGUUGGAUGAAGAAGCCCAGAAGAGGGCAGAUGCUGAGAAUAACCUGGUUGCCUUCCGCAAGGAUGUUGACGAUGCUACAUUGUCCCGUCUGGAGCUGGAGAGGAAGAUCGAGUCUCUGAUGGAUGAGAUUGAAUUCCUUAAGAAGCUCCAUGAUGAAGAAAUCCAGGAUGUACAAGUGAGUGUCCAGACCCAGCAGCUGAAGAUGGAGGUGGAAACCACCGCCAGGCCCGACCUAACUGGUGCACUGAGGGACAUCAGGGCCCAAUAUGAGACCAUUUCCUUGAAGAACAUGCAGGAAUCUGAGGAGUGGUACAAGUCCAAGUUUAAUGAUCUGACUGAGUCUGCAAAGAACAACUCUGAUGCUCUGAGGCAGGCCAAGCAGGAGGCCAAUGAGUCCAGGAGGCAGAUUCAGUCUCUCAACUGUGACAUUGAAUCAGUGAAGAACACGAAUGAAGCUCUGCUGAGGCAGAUGCGUGAAAUGGAGGACCAGUUUACCAAUGAGAUCGGCAACUACCAGGACAACGUAGGCAGACUGGAGGCUGAGAUCCACCACCUGAAGGAAGAGAUGGCUCGCCACCUUCGGGAGUACCAGGACCUCCUCAAUGUCAAAAUGGCUCUGGAUAUUGAGAUUGCUACUUACCGUAAACUGCUGGAGGGGGAGGAGAGCAGGAUUACUGUUCCCAUCCUCAAUAUUGGCAUGAUGAGUCACCGUGGUGAGCGAGACUAUGAACCCAUUUCAGACAACCUGAGCAAGAGGACUGUGGUGAUCAAGACAGUUGAGACUAGGGACGGAGAGGUGGUAAAGGAAUCCAAGAGGGAGAAGGAGAGAGAGUCAGACCGCACCAACAAGGACGACGACGACGAGUAGAAAAAAUCUGAUUUGAAAAUGUGAAAGACGGAGCCAUGCAAGAAAAAAAUACAUAAGAAACAAGGAGAAAACCUCCAAAAAAGAAACUCCGGUCUAUAUAGUCCUCAUUCCUACUAGUUAUGUGUCAAAUCAUCUAACAGAGAGUCUCUCAGUAUUGGUGCAAUGUUGAAUAAAUCCCUUUAGAAAGUGUCACUUUGGUGCCAUUUAAGCCACCCAACUUUUGCUAAACACGUGUGUCAUCUGUAGGGCUAAGCAAAGCCACUUUAUUAACAUACCACUCGAGGCCUUUAUUUACAGUGCAAUCCCAUGGAAUCCUUAGACGGCGUCACGUUUGUAGCAGAGUAUUAAACUGCAGGCUGAAAUAGAAAGUUUAAAUGGAGGAUUUUAGUAGUUUGUGUCAUAGAUAUGACUAAUAAUUAAACUUCAGAAACUGCCCUCUGGUCAACACACCUUAAAAGACAGACUGAGAAUAAUUGAACCUAUUUGUAUUUGUUUUAGAAGCUUUGCUCUCCUCUUAUAGUGCAACAAAAACUAAUCUGGAUUAUUAAUAAACAUGUAUAACAGGAAAUGUAGACAGUCACCAACUGAAAAUACUUUAGCAGGAAUGUGCUUUGCAAUGCUGUGCGAAUCUGGCACUAUUCAUGAGUGAAUAAGUAAGUGCAAAUAAACUUAAU